CAUGGCCAUUAUCCACCCCCUGCAGCAGCGCAUGUCAUCCACAGAGACCAAAGUGGUGGUGGGUGUCAUUUGGGUUUUGGCUCUGCUUCUUGCUUUUCCUCAGUACUACUACUCUACCACGGACCAGCUCCCUGGCAGGGUGGUGUGCUACAUCGAGUGGCCUGAAUACACCGUGUUCGACUUCAAAAAGAUGUAUCAUGUGUGUGUGGCAAUCCUGAUCUACUUCCUUCCUCUGCUGGUGAUGGGUUGUGCUUACCUGGUGGUGGGCCUGACACUCUGGGCCAGUGAGAUCCCUGGAGACUCUUCUGACCGCUACACAGAGCAGCUGAAUGCCAAACGAAAGGUAGUGAAGAUGAUGAUUGUGGUGGUGUGUACGUUUGCUGUCUGCUGGCUGCCCUACCAUGUCUACUUCCUGCUGUACCAGUUCUUCCCAGAGAUGUUUGAAGAAACCUUUAUUCAGCAGUUAUAUCUGGCCAUCAUGUGGUUGGCAAUGAGCUCAACAAUGUACAACCCCAUCAUCUACUGCUGCCUCAAUGACAGAUUUCGGGCUGGUUUUAAACAAGCAUUCCGCUGCUGCCCAUGUGUCCCUCAAGGUUCUUAUGAAGGACUAGAACUCAAGUCCACCCGCUACCUUCAGACCCAGACGAGCGUCUACAAAGGCAGCCGAAUGGAGACCACCGUAUCUACAGUUCUUCAUGCUGUGGAAGACUCGGAACAGCUCAAAGUCAAGGGUAAAGGAGGCGGGGCUGCRGCUGUGGUGAGACCUCAUAGUUCAUCACUGGACCUCACCUCAAACGGUUCAUCAUCCCGAAGUGUCUCCAAAACAGUGUCAGAGACAUCUAGUUUCUUCUCCAGUAACAACCUACAGGAAUAAGCUUCAAGUACAGGCAGAAUUUUACCWGACAGCAGAAAAAGUGUGUGAGUUGACUGCCUUUCCCUGCAAGAGGUCGUGGGAAGUACAGACUGAAUGUGUGACUUUCUUUACAGGUGACUGUGAGUUUCUGAUGAAUGAACUUUCCAGUGUGCUCACUAAAACAACAUGUUGGUAAAUUUGGUCCCUAUUCUCAGAGCACAGCCCAUACCCCCAACCUUCUUAUAGGAAAUAAUAUCUAUGUUUAUCAUACUUUAAAGUGAUAAUCUGUGUACCAAAAGUAAUGAAAGGCACUCCUUCAACAUGUGCACAUUCCAGUUAAUCCAAGCUAAGCAGAUGCUAGCACCUCUGAUCUUCACAGCUUUCUGCUCAACACCACAGCCGUCUCUCAGUGCAGGGGGUGGGCUCACACAUCCUCAAUCACACAAGCUGUGUGAUUUCACCCCAUCUAUUUUGACUUGCAUCUUGAGUACAACAUGAAGCAGGCAUGUGAACACAAUUAGAUUUAACCGGGGAAGUUCCAGAAGAAGGGACAUUUUCUCCAACCACUGUGAGAAAAAAAAAACCUGGUGAUCACAGGAGCUCUUACAAAGACAAAGACUCUACCAUACAGGGAACUGAGGACCAAGGAACAAAGCAUAUAAUCUGAACUUUGCCUUUGAGAGUUUGUGCAUGCAUGAGUGUGCAUGUGCGAGCUGCCACCUCUUAUCUCACAGAGCAGAGCUGGAUCAGCAAAACAGUGUUCAGAAUGUGUGUUUGUCUGGCUGAAAGWCUGCUCUAAAGAUCCCCUGCAGGCUUUGCUGAAAAGUUCUGGAAAUCAGCAAAAAUACCAGCAGCAACUGGCUCAUCUUUCAUCUGGCACAGCAUUGACUUCAACAGCUGGCAGCAUCGGUUUCCUGAAAGCACAGAGCCUCUUAAUGCUGAAGAAGCAAAGGAUGACAUAGAGUGAAAACAAGUUGAACUCAUACUGUACCUAGACUGCACAAAUGGUAAACUUUGUAUUCCAGGGACCAUUGGUUUUAACCAUGUAUAACCUACAACUAACCUAUCAACUUUCAGUCAUUCAAAACUAGUCAGGGUUUGUCAAACACUAAAGUUUAAAAGCAAAGCACCACUUUCAAA